ACCAAGACCGAAAGAGAGAAAAAGUAAAACAGAGCCGAGAGGCGGGAGAGGGAGCUAGUCUCAGAUAGAGAGAGAGAGAGAUGACGAUCGACGACGAGAGCUCCGUCUACGUCGGCGGCCUUCCGUACGAUGCCACGGAGGAAAGUGUCCGCCGAGUCUUCGAUCUAUACGGCGCCGUCGUCGCCGUUAAGAUUGUGAAUGAUAAUACGAGCAGAGGAAAAUGCUACGGCUUCGUUACGUUUCGGAAUCCACGGUCGGCGAUCGACGCCAUCAACGACAUGGACGGCAGGACUGUGGAUGGGAGAGUUGUGAGAGUGAAUGAGGUGAGGACUAGAGGGGGGAGAUUAGGUUUUGGGAGAGGGAGAGAGAGGGAGAGUUUCCGACGGGAUGUCGAGAGGGGGAGGAACUGGGGGAGGGGUAGGGAGCAUGAGAUGGAGUAUGAUGAUGUUAGGGAGAGGUAUAGGGAGAGGUAUAGCGAUAGGUCUAUGGAGCGUGGGGAUAGGUACAUUGUUCGGUCAAGGGAGCGGCGGUCUGUUGAGUAUGAGGGGGAAAUAGAUGGGGGAUACGGUCGUGUACAUGGUGAUCAGGAGGUAAUGAGUGAGCAUUUCUCGGAUAGAGAACGUGUGAGGGACAGGGAUUUGGAAGAUAUUGAGCAAGGACACAGCAGGAGCCAUGAGCGCGGUUGGGGGAGAAGAAAUCGUACUGUGGAAUCUGAUAGAGAGAGGGAGAUGGACAGAACGGAGCUUCCGAAUGAUAUUGUUGAAAAGGAUAGAGAUCAACAGUCAAGGAGGUGGAACGGUUCAAAUUCUGUUGAUCGAAAUAGUAGGGAGCUUUUAUCCCAUUCAAGUGAUGAUUUCAAUGAUCAGGUAAAAGAACAGCUUGAAAGAUCCACACUGAGGCUUGAAGAAUUGAAAAAGGAGACUUCUGAGAUGGAAGAGAAGUUAGAAGAUGAAGGAAAACUGGUUUUGGAUUUACAGAAUCAAUCUAAGAAGCUGGAGGAUGCAUUGGUAAAUGCAAAGAAGAACACUUCACACCAGAAGAUGCAGUUGACCAAGCUACAUGAUUGCUUUAUGCAAGUAAAAGAUUACAGAGAAAGACUUAAAAGAAGUGAAGAUGAACUUCAGAUGCUGGUUGAAGCUGCAGCAGGGGAAGAUGGCAUUGAUGAUGUUGGCUUGAGGGAUAAAAUCCUGACUAUUGGCAAUGCCUGAAGUCACGUUGAGCUAUGGAAGAAAACUGUAUCUGCAACAAAUACUGUAGUGUAUUCUUUCUCCUUUAUGGGUUGGGUGGUGAGGGUAGGGUGUCAAUCUGUCCUUUUGAUAAUGUAUGAAGCUUUUGUAGAUUUGUACCACCAAAGUCAGUGAAGGAUCAGCUUAUUAUAUCCAAGAUGUAUAUCAUGUAUCAUGCUUUCUUAUACGCCAGUGGUUUAGCAGCCUUUUGCUAUACAAUACAACUCUUAAAUGGAUCAACUAGAUACCGUCUUUAAUAGAGGAAUUGGUUUCGCCACUAGACUCA